AAAUGUGUUACAAACAGUGUUCUGUGCCUUAAAGUUAACAUGUUAUGAAAAAGUUAGGGGUUAUUAGUGGAAGGGCGAGUUUAUAUACCUAUUAGGUCAAUCCGACAGAAACUCUGAACAGGCCAGCCGCCGCAACUCAGCAUGCGCCAAGUUAUUGUCAUGUUGGCCAGGCUGCGCCCGCGCAAUACUUUUUCUUUGAUACUCUCUUGCUCAGUCUACUGCAGACAGGAGCGCCCGUUCGUGCCUACUGGGGCUCGCCAGGCACCUUCAAUCUUAUCGUACAUCGCGACGUCCGUUAUUCGAUCAAACAGAUUGAGCCGCCAUCACCAAAUGCCUCGACUACGUGUACUCAAUCUUAACCCGCUCCAUCAGUCGAUAUGUCUGAUCCAUCACUGUAUACGAUCGGCUGGAUCUUCGCCAUCGUUCCUGAGUUCGUCGCAGCCCGGCUCUUCCUCGACGAGGUCCACGAAGAGCUUAGAUCGCAGUCCAAGAACGACAAUAACUCGUACAAGCUCGGACGCAUGGGCAAGCACAACGUCGCAAUCGCGGCCCUUCCUCAUGGCGAAUACGGGGAAAGCUCGGCGGCAUUUGUCGCUCGGGAUAUGAUCCGCACAUUCGAGAACAUACGGGUCGGGCUCAUGGUUGGCAUCGGCGGCGGAGCCCCAAGUCUAGAGAAAAAUAUCCGUCUGGGCGAUAUUGUCGUCAGUUCUCCGACUGGUGGGUACGGCGGUGUGCUCCAGUACGAUUUUGGCAAGUCUAUGGCGGAUGUGUUGGUAUGCACGUCAGCAGGGCAACCGUACGAUUGGAACGAAGUGUCAAUAAUGGUCUAUUAUUGCUGCGUAUGAAGGUGGAAGGAGGAGAUUAUGGGC